AUGCUAGGUAUUAAUGCGCAACGCGCUAAGUACCUCCAAAAUGCCCUUGAAGUAUACAGCAAGAUUAACACCGGCAACCUUCCUCUGGACACAUUCCUACGGUACUACUUCCGUGUAAACCGUGUUGCUGCUGGGAGCCGUGCAUGGAUCGCCGAACAUGUGUACGAGGUACAGCGGUGGAAGGGUCUUAUCGCACAUCUGAGCCCCAAACCUACUACAUGGACGGGUAUUCUCAAUACUUACCUGUUACAUCCCAGAUGGAGAUAUAUGACCGGGCACAAGGGUCUACCCGCUUACUUACGAUGUUCUUUUCCAGAACCCCUCUUUGAGCGUAUAGAACGUCAGUAUGGCGUGGACAAAGCCUUGGAGAUAUGCCAGAUUUUGAAUGAGGAGCCUGUUACAUUUUUGAGGGUUAACACCCUACGUACAUCUCGGGACAAAGCUUAUAAAUUCCUGCUACACAAGGGUGUCCCUGUCGAAAAAUGUUCCGAUUCGCCCUGUGGUUUGCUAUUGACUAAUAAAAAGUUACUACUGGAAUCUCCAGAAUAUCACAAGGGUCUUGUUGAAAUACAAGACCUGUCAAGUCAGAUAUGUGGUCUAAAGGUUGAAGCUAAGCCUGGGGAGCACGUGAUGGACUACUGUGCAGGUUCUGGUGGUAAAUCGUUAGUAUUUGGGCCCAAAAUGGAGAAUAAAGGCCGUAUAUAUCUUCAUGAUGUUAACGAUAAUUUGUUGCUAACGGCCAAAAGGCGUCUUAAAAGAGCUGGUAUUCGUAACUAUUUUAUUAUGGACCCCAAUUUGAUAAAUAUGCGCCAAUACUAUGGCAAAAUGGAUUGGGUGGUUGCAGACGUCCCCUGCAGUGGCACCGGUGCCUACCGUAGGAAUCCAGAUCGCAAAUGGACCUUUUCUGUUGACCAGAUCCCUGAGUACACAGCAACUCAGCGUUCCAUAGUAGACAGUGCCCUGCUGUAUCUUAAACCAAAUGGACGUCUUGUAUAUAUUACUUGUAGUAUUUUUGAGGAAGAGAAUGAGCUACAGGUGAAUUACUUGUGCAAGAAGCACGGUCUUGUGCACGCCCUUCCUCCCACGUUUCAGCUCCCUGAAUCACGUGGUAUGAAUGGCUAUUUUAUUGCCAUUCUUCAACGCGAACAUUUACACCUCGACCGCCGCACAUUACCUACAAUUGCAAAAGCGGGAUGGUACGCGGUGUUAGUCUCAUCGUUUAUUCUUGAUGCUCUAUCCAUCGUCAUCACGCUUCUGCCCUUCCUAGACAAAGGGGUGGUCGUUGCCCUUAGAAGACUAGGUGAAAGUGUCGAUCCUCGAUGGGCACAUUACUUUUGUGCCCAGCUGCUAUUCAUAUCUGCAUUGUACACAGUACUCCCACUUGCGUUGCUAAGCAGGAGAUUGGUUGUAUGGCAAUCUUUGCAGAGUUGGAAUUUGGUUGGAAUCGUGCUCCAACUGGCUUCAGUGUUUUAUGCUAGGAGCUUCAAUGUAUUUGGGCUGGCAGCAAGAACAGCUCUAGCAUUGUGCUUCAGAGCUACAAUAUCUGACCUCACUUUCCCCAACCACCCCGAGCCCGAGGCCCUCAACGCACCUGCUAUGAGCGACCUCAAGUUUUGCCCCGAGUGCAACAACAUCCUGUACACUAAACCUGACGCCACCAACCUACAACUUAUAUUCGUAUGUAGGCAGUGCGACUAUACGCGCUUAGCUGACCCUACGAGUUUAUCUGACAACUGUGUUAAUCGCACUACAUACAAUUACCAAACUAAGGAAGACCUCAUAGUAUCGCCCCUGGUAAUCAAAGACCCUACUCUUGGGCGUACGACAAAUUGGACGUGCGUGAGAUGUGGUUGGAACCAAGCUGCGUUCUUCCAAUUACCGGAACGUGUACAUGAUGAUGCUAUGAUGCUUGUCUUCGUAUGUUGUAAUCCUGGUUGCGGCUAUUGGGAGAAACAGAGUCAUGAAGAUGACGGUACGGCUAUGAGUGGUAUAACCACCCGGGCACCAUCUAACAUAGCCUUCAUGCCACGAAUCGAAGAAGACAUAUUCGAUGAUAUGGCAGAACUUUUUGGUGAAGACGAGUUAUGA